AUGUCCAAAUCAUGGAAAUCGACCUUGAGGCUUCCCCGCUCAACGUUCCCUGCGCGACCGAACCCGAAGCUACAACGGCAGCAUCUGCUGAGCUGCUCGGACGAGUUCUAUAGCUGGCAAUCGUCGCGACCGUCCGAAGACGAGCCUUUCGUCCUCCACGAUGGCCCUCCGUACGCGAACGGCCCGCUCCAUACCGGGCACUCGAUCAACAAAAUCCUCAAGGACAUGAUUGUACGGGUGCAGGUGCAGAACGGACGGCACGUCGUCUACCGCCCUGGAUGGGACUGCCACGGCCUGCCAAUCGAGAUGAAGGCCCUCGGAGCUGCAGGCACCAAGGGGCUCAGCGCGGUGCAGGUGCGAAAGCAGGCGCGCAAGCUGGCAACUAAAACCGUCACGGAGCAGAUGAAGGGCUUUCGGUCGUUCGCCGUCAUGUCGGAGUGGGACAACAGAUGGACAACUAUGGAUCGCGCGUUUGAGAUUCGACAGCUCCGCGUCUUUCAGAAGAUGGUGCGCCACGGGCUCAUUUACCGAAAGCACAAGCCAGUCUAUUGGUCGCCAUCGUCUGGCACCGCCCUCGCCGAAGCUGAGUUGGAAUACAAGGAUGACCACCAGUCGAGGUCUGCCUAUAUCAGGUUCCCUAUCACAUCCGAUUACAGCGAAAUCCCUGAGCUUCGAAAUUUCGACGGCCCUCUCUACGCAGCGAUUUGGACGACAACGCCGUGGACGCUCCCAGCGAAUAAGGCAAUUGGCGUCCACAACGAUCUUCUAUAUACGGUACUACGAGUAAACGGAUACGGGCUUCUUGUUGCCUCGAGCCGCAUUGACGCUGUCCGUGAAUUCAUUCCCGAGGCUGAAGUGGUGGUCGACUCGAUCCCUGGCUCCAAGUUGGCUGGUUUGCAGUAUCGCAACAAGCUAAGAGGCAAACCAGCGCCAGUGCAACCUAUCAUCCAUGCGGAUUUCGUGUCUGCCGAUUCAGGUACCGGCCUGGUGCAUCUAGCACCUGGCCACGGACAGGACGAUUACGAGAUCUGCCUCGCACACGACAUUGAGGCGUUUGCACCAAUCGACAACGAAGGCCGCUUCACAGCGGAGGCGUACCCCGACGACCCGGAAAUUCUCACAUCUGCACCCUCGAUAUUAGAUGGCGGGAGCUCUGCCGUCCUUGAUCUUGUGGCGGAGGAUGUCAUUGCGACUCAAGAUAUCCAGCACAAGUAUCCUUAUGAUUGGCGAUCCAAGAAGCCCGUCGUCAUCCGCGCCACUGCUCAAUGGUUUGCUGAUGUGGGCAGCAUCAAAGAUGAUGCUUUGAACGCUCUCAAGAAUGUCAAGUUUGUGCCCGAGAGUGGCAGGGUAAGACUAGAGAGCUUUGUCAAAAGUAGAUCUGAAUGGUGCAUUUCGCGACAACGCUCCUGGGGUGUGCCGAUUCCGGCACUGUACAACAGCAGCGGUGAAGCUGUCAUGACUGACGAAACUAUUGAGCAUAUCAUCCAGGUUAUGCAAGAGAGAACCUCAGACGCGUGGUUCUCUGAUAGCCCUGAUGAUCCGGCGUGGAUCCUGGCAUCCCUACAGGGCGAGUAUCGCCGCGGCACAGAUACUAUGGACGUCUGGUUCGACAGCGGCACUAGCUGGGCAGAGAUUGAAAAGCAGGUCGACGUCUACUUGGAAGGCUCGGACCAGCACCGCGGAUGGUUUCAAUCCAGUCUCCUAAGCUACAUUGCGGCGCAAAAAGCCGACGGCAAAGCAGCAGGCAGCAUUGUUGCUCCAUUCCGAACCUUGAUCACUCAUGGCUUCACACUGGACGCGCAAGGCAAAAAGAUGUCGAAAUCGCUGGGCAACACUAUAUCACCAGAGGAGGUCAUGGACGGCAAGCUCCUGCCACCAGCGAAGCGCAAGGGCAAAGACACUGGGCAGCCAGACGCUCUAGGUCCGGACGUUUUGCGUCUGUGGGCCGGCAGCUGUGACUUUACGACGGAUAUCCUCAUUGGUCCCACAAUCUUGCAGCCCGUCCACAGUGCGCUUGUUCGAUACCGGACGAUUCUUAAAAUGCUGCUAGGCUCAGUGCAUGAAUCUAGCCGACAGACGCCCUUGACCAGGCUGGAUCACAUUGCUCUGCUGCAGCUGUCGACGACGAUGGAGCAGGUGUGGGAGGCAUACAGCAACUACGAGUUCCACAAGGGUGUAGGCAUGCUGAACCGCUGGGUUUCUACAGACUUGUCAGCGUUUUAUCUCGAGGCCCUCAAGGAUAGGCUCUACUGCGGUGAUGGAGGUGGUGCCAUUGAGCCGAUCCUGGUAGGUAUGCUACGCAUGCUGGCCCCAGUGACGCCUGUGCUGGUAGAAGAGGCAUGGACCAACAGGCCUAGCUGGAUGUUCGAGGACAGUUUGAUGGUGCAUCCGGCGAAACAGCUGUAUAAAUCGCCAGUCAUUGACCCGAAGCGUCUAACGUAUGAUGCGGAGAAGCUGCGCCAGGACAUUCCGAAGCUCUCUGCUGUCCACGAGGCCAUCAAGGCAGCGCUGGAGCCUGCUCGGCUGGCCAAAGAAGUGGGAAGCUCGCUCCAGUGCUCGGUGAUCGUCACCACAGAAGAUGCCGGCUUGCUCUCGUGCCUGACGGAAUACCAGGACGAGCUGGAUGCCGUCUUUGUGGUGUCUUCGGUUUCCGUGAACAGCGCGCUGCCUGAGCAGCCAGCGUGGCACUAUACUGCAGCCGUUGGUGGCGACAAGGCUCAGGGCGAGGUACAUGUCCUUCCGCCUGUGCAGGCCAAGUGCUCGCGAUGCUGGCGAUAUCAGGCCGAGGAGGAAGAGGGGCUGUGCGGGCGAUGCGAGACCGAGGUCAGGAAGCAUGAGCAGCAGGCAUAG